AUAAGGCGCUAUUCUCGGGAGAGGUGUUUUCAUGCCGGGAUGGUUCCAGGAAGUUGCACAUCUCGCGAGUCAACGACGAUUUCUGUGACUGCCCAGACGGCACGGACGAGCCUGGCACCUCCGCAUGCCCCAACUCCUCCUUCUUCUGCCGCAACCGAGGGCACAACCCUCUUGUUCUGUUCUCCUCGCGAGUCAACGACGGGAUAUGCGAUUGUUGUGACGGCAGUGACGAGUAUGACGGCAGGGUUACUUGUCCCAACACGUGCGCCCAGGCGGGGGCGGCGAGGCGGCAGCAGCUGGCAGCUGACGUGGCGAAGCACAGGGAGGGCGUGAGGCAGCGGCAGAGGGCGGAUUUCACUGCCCAUGCGGAGCAUGAGGACGAUGAUCCGUGGCGGCAUGAGUCAGCGCCUGCCUCGCCCCCAUCGCUGUGGGACAAGGCGAAGCAGGUGUGGUCGCGUGUCUCCUCACUCGUCACCGCCAAGCCCUCUCUUCCCGUCAACGAAACAGACCUGCUGACUAUCCGCUCCGAGUACAACGCUGUCUCAUCCAAGCUCAGCAAGGCGAGGGGGCGGCUGCGCACGGUGAAAGAAAAGCUCGAGAAGGACCUAGGCCCUGACGGCGAGUUUGCUUCAUUCGCAGACCACUGCUUUUCCUUCAAAGUCAACCAGUACGAGUACGAGGUGUGCCCGUAUCGGCAGGUGAAGCAGAAGGAGAAGCAUCACUCUGAUACCACUGUGGGCCGCUGGUCGGGCUUUGAGGACAAUUAUCGCACGAUGAUGUUUAAGAACGGAGAUAAGUGUUGGAACGGACCGAACAGAAGCAUCAAGGUGAAGCUGGAGUGUGGGCUCAAAGCAGGGAUCAAAUCAGUGGAGGAACCAAGCCGAUGCGAGUACGAAGCGGUGCUGGUGACGCCUGCGGUGUGCAAUGCAGCGCUGGCAGAGGAGCUGGAGAGGCAGUUGAAAGAGAUGGAGGAUGAGCUGAAAGAGGUUCACGACGAGCUGUAA